GGUGGAAUCAGGUUGCACGCGAGCAGUUCCGCGUGCACAUGUAACGCGCGUGGCCGCAGCCGUCUGGUUUGGCCUGUGCCGCGCGUCGUAGCUUGGCUCAGAGUGCGAGCGGAUGCGUCCUUGUGAGGGUGACACCGCCGCAGACAUGAACCAGCUUCUGAGAGUUCCAGUUGUGUUGAGCCGGGCCUUCAGCAGCUCUGCCAGGCAACUGAAGAACAGAGUCCCAGAGGCCCAGAAACUCUUCCAGGCCGACAACAGGCUGCCCGUCCACAUCAAAGGAGGCACCGGCGACAUGCUGCUCUACCGGGCCACCAUGACGCUGGCCAUCGCAGGAACCGGGUACUCUCUGUACUGGGUGCUCAUCGCGUCCUUUCCUCGGAAAAAUGUGUAGAAGAUGCUCUGUAGCACAUGGAGGUGCUAACACCAGUUUGUUGUGCAAAGCUCUGAUUUCAUUGUGAUCUAUUAUUAUUUUAUCAUGACAAUGGUGAAAAUGUAAAAUCUGCAAAAUUAAAGGUGUUUCCAUCCACAAA